CCAAGAUUAAUUAAAAAGUAUCAAGCAAGACACUGAAAAGGAACAAACCAUGACAUCAGUAAAGGAUAUCAGAUCAUACUUCACGUUUAGUGACAACAGCAACAAAGAACAAAUCAUCAAAUCCAAAAAAUCAAUUUCAGAAGAGCCUCAAAUUUACCUCCCAAAAUGCAACAUUUGUGGACUAAAAUUUCUUUGUGAAGAAUCUUUGGAUAGACACAAAAGCAAGCCUCAUUUUGGGACAACUUAUAGUGGAAAAAUUGGCAAAUAUCAGUGCGAUUUUGACGGAAAAUUCUUCACUGAAAAAAGCAAUAUUUAUGAACAUAUGAAAGAAGUUCACCGUAAAUUUGGAGACUAUAAAUGUAAAAUUUGUAAUUCUGCAUUCAAAACUAGACGUAAAUUAAAGUGUCAUGAGAAUUCUCAUGAUAAGAAAUUUAAGUGUCUGAUUUGUUUGAAGAAAUUUACACGAGCUAUUAAUGUUAGGCAUCAUCAGAUGAAGUCUCAUGAGAAUCAAGUUAAAUAA